AAAUAGUAGUAUAUAUAUAAAAAAUAUAACAGAAGUGUCCAGAGGUUGAAGACGACGAAAAGGAGGAGCACUAACAAUAGCGUCACAGUCACAGCACACACAUCUGCAAUUGGAUCCGCCACAAAUUGAAGAGCAUAAAUGGUGCCGAACACGCAAGUUUAGAGAUCUGAACAUUAAUCACAAUCACCAUCACGGUUCAUGCUUUUGUGAUUGCGUUCAUUCUCACCAAUGGACAAGUCAAGCGCUCUGGAGUACAUCAACCAGAUGUUCCCCAACGAGGCGUCUCUAUCCGGCGUGGAGCCGCUGAUGCAGAAAAUCCAGAACGAGAUUCGCACCGUCGAUGCCGGAAUUCUCGCCGCCGUUCGCCAGCAGAGCAACUCAGGAACUAAGGCGAAGGAGGAUCUCGCUGCUGCCACACGUGCCGUCGAGGAACUUAUGUAUAAGAUCCGAGAGAUAAAAACUAAAGCUGUGCAGAGUGAAACAAUGGUUCAAGAAAUAUGCCGUGACAUUAAGAAACUGGACUUUGCCAAGAAGCAUAUAACUACCACAAUUACUGCACUUCACCGGCUUACAAUGCUUGUCUCUGCUGUUGAACAACUUCAAGUCAUGGCUUCAAAACGUCAAUAUAAAGAGGCAGCUGCGCAGCUGGAGGCAGUGAACCAGUUAUGUAGUCACUUUGAGGCCUAUAGGGAUAUUCCAAAGAUCGUAGAACUAAGAGACAAGUUUAAAAAUAUCAAACAAAUACUCAAGUCACAUGUGUUUUCUGAUUUUUCUAGCUUAGGUACUGGAAAGGAGACAGAAGAAACUAAUUUGCUACAGCAGUUGUCUGAUGCCUGCCUGGUUGUUGAUGCAUUAGAGCCUUCUGUAAGGGAAGAAUUGGUAAAUAAUUUCUGCAAUAGGGAGCUUACAUCGUAUGAGCAAAUUUUUGAAGGAGCUGAACUUGCAAAGUUGGAUAAAACUGAACGAAGAUAUGCAUGGAUUAAGCGCCGAAUGAGAUCAAAUGAAGAAAUUUGGAAAAUCUUUCCUUCUUCAUGGCAUGUUUCUUAUCGUCUCUGUAUCCUAUUUUGCAAGAAGACAAGGAAACAACUAGAGGACAUUCUUGGUAAUCUAAAGGAAAAGCCAGAUGUUGGGACCUUGUUAUUGGCUUUACAAAGAACUUUAGAGUUUGAGGAUGAAUUAGCUGAGAAAUUUGGGGGAGGCACUCAAAACAGAGAGAUUGGAAAUGAGAUUGAAGAAAUAGGUAAAGGGACUAAUUCUAGUAGUAGUGCCAUGGAUAUCCGGAAGAAGUAUGAAAAAAAGCUUGCUGCACAUCAAGGAGGUGACAGUGAAGAAAAAGAUGGAAGUAAAGAUUUGGCCGUGCCUGGAGCUGGGUUCAACUUCCGUGGAAUUGUUUCAUCUUGCUUUGAACCUCACUUAACAGUAUAUGUAGAAUUGGAAGAGAAGACACUGAUGGAAAGUCUGGAGAAACUUGUUCAGGAAGAGACAUGGGAUAUUGAGGAGGGAAGUCAGAGUAAUGUUUUAUCCAGUAGCAUGCAGUUGUUUCUUAUAAUCAAGAGAAGCUUGAAGAGAUGCAGUGCUUUAACAAAGAACCAGACACUUUACAAUUUGUUGAAGGUUUUCCAAAGAGUUCUUAAAGCAUAUGCUACAAAGCUCUUUGCUAGACUCCCAAAGGGGGGCACUGGAAUUGUUGCUGCAGCCACAGGCAUGGAUGGACAAAUAAAGACAUCUGAUAGGGAUGAAAGAGUGAUCUGUUACAUUGUAAAUUCAGCUGAAUAUUGCCACAAAACGGCUGGUGAACUGGCUGAAAGUGUUUCUAAAAUAAUUGACCCUCAAUAUUCAGAUGGGGUGGAUAUGUCUGAAGUGCAGGAUGAAUUCUCGGCCGUUAUAACAAAAUCAUUGGUGACCUUAGUGCAUGGCCUGGAAACUAAAUUUGACAUGGAAAUGGCUGCAAUGACCCGUGUCCCUUGGGGUACUCUUGAGAGUGUUGGUGAUCAAUCAGAGUAUGUUAAUGCCAUAAAUUUGAUCCUGACCAUUAGCAUUCCUGCACUUGGAAGUCUUCUUUCACCUGUCUACUUUCAGUUCUUUCUGGAUAAGCUUGCAUCAUCUCUUGGUCCACGCUUUUAUUCUAACAUUUUCAAAUGCAAGCAAAUAUCAGAAACUGGAGCUCAACAGAUGCUAUUAGAUACCCAAGCUGUAAAGACGAUUCUUCUUGAAGUUCCUUCCCUUGGUAGACAGACAUCAGGUGCUGCUAGUUAUUCCAAGUUUGUAAGCCGCGAGAUGAGCAAAGCCGAGGCCCUUUUAAAGGUUAUACUUUCUCCAGUUGAUUCUGUAGCAGAUACUUACCGUGCAUUGCUACCUGAGGGUACACCCAUGGAAUUUCAACGAAUCCUGGAGCUUAAGGGUCUGAAAAAAGCUGACCAACAAAGCAUUCUUGAUGACUUCAACAAACAUGGGCCUGGAAUUAAGCAAACUCAGAUUGCACCUUCAAUUGUGCCAGCAGCUGCUCCAGUAGCUCCUGUGGUACCUAGCCCCUCUGCUAUUGGACUCAUAGCGUCGCGAGAGGAUGUUCUUACUAGGGCUGCUGCACUUGGACGAGGAGCUGCCACCACUGGGUUCAAGCGGUUCCUAGCUCUAACUGAAGCCGCCAAAGACAGGAAAGAUGGGCCUUUCAGGAAGCUCUUUAAUCCAUAAUGACGAGAGUGCUACAACCCCAAUUUUUUGGCCAGAGCGCAUGAGCUUUUAGUUUUCUGUUUCUUUUUGCUUUUCUUCUCUUUGAUUCUUUAUGUAAGUUUAGUAUCGUGUUAAUCUGAUUUCACUCAAUCAACUGAAAGCUGUUAAUGAAGAGAUCUAUCUACAAAUUUGCAUAAUUCUUUCUGUAGCUCAUAAGGGAUUCUUCUUGUCUGUUGCUCA